AUGCUGGUUGUUACGUGUUCUUGGACCAGUCCCCUCAGCACAACGUCAUUUCUCUGGAGUGGUUGCCCAUUCCAAAAUGCUUCGUUUACCAUCCUUGUUCGAGUUAUUGAAACGGACAUGCUAGUGCUUCUCAACUAUGUCACCCAGCAUGAUUCGAGAUGCGUUUGGAACGAUUCCGUGUCUUUCGCAGGUGCUGAGCAGGUGUCCUUCUCGUUCUCGCUUGGUGAUCCCCGAAAUGGUUGGCAGAAUAUUACUCGAGAUGCCUUGGUGGAUGCGUCGCGAGCGUUGUCAAGCAUGAACGCAAGUAAGAAGAGAGAAGGCAAUGUUAUACUUCAUCCAGGAGACGUCAAGCUAGUGUCGAUAGGAUUUCGUGGUGCCGUGGUCGUGAAACAAAGAAUUGUGCAGGCUCGUAGCGCUCACUGGAAAUUCUUUUUGACAGCCGCUGACUGGUUGGCUUCAAAUCAAGAUAAUGAGGGUGGCUGGGCAGUUCCUGUAGAGCGAGCCAUUGCUGAACGUCGACUUGUGCUUGAUGCUGGCUGGUACUCAGCCAUGGCUCAGGGUCAUGCUCUUUCUCUUCUCACACGUGCUUACGCCGCAACAAAAAAUGCUACCUACCUUGCUGUUGCCAGCAAGGCUCUCGAUUUAUUUGAGAAGGAUGCUUCCGCAGGUGGUGUCCGUAAUAAACUAUUCGGGAAUGACUGGUAUGAAGAAUAUCCUACAUCUCCGGGCAGCUAUGUUCUAAACGGGUUCAUUUAUUCACUGAUCGGAUUGUACGACUUCAAAAAUGUCAAACUUGGUGAUGAAGCACUGGAAGAAGUUCGCCAUGGUGUUGAACGAGCUUCAAAGCUAUUCUCUACGGGUAUGGCUUCGCUUCGAGCUUUGCUACCCUCUCUAUGA